AGGAAUUUCCCGUUGUGAGCGUGAAGGAGAAGAUUCUUGCAAGUGUGAGAAAUAUUUUGAAGGAAUCGCAGGACAAAAUUGCUCAGAGGGACGUCAUAAUUGCGAUGAUUCCAAAACCUGUUACAUGAACCACCAAUGGCAUGCAUGUUGUUUGAACGAAGAAGUCGGCGCAGAAGCAGAUGUCCAAUUACUAGAGGAAAACGACGGUAGGGAAAGGUUAAAUUUCCCUUUUUUGCUUUUGCUUGCUUUGAAUUUUUGAAUAAUAACGACUUAUCGACCGAGCGUGAGGUCUGUACUGUGAAAUAUCAGACCGAGGUUUCUUAGUAUGGACCAAGCGACGAAGCAGCAAGGUCCAUGCAAAAAACAGAGGUGUGAAAUUUCACAGUACAGACCGAACAAGCGAGGUCAAUAAUCGGUUCAUUAUUUGACUGAACUGUCUCUGUGAGCAUAUGCUUUUCGCGCGAAUUAAAUCGGCUAUCGUCAGUUUCACUGGGUAACAAUAUACGGUAGGCAUGCAUGCUCAAUCAAAAACAAUUUGAGUGUUUGAAAUUUUAUCUGUAAAUUUUAAUGACACACAAUUGGAAAAUUAAAAGGCAAAAUCUUUUUCUGUUUGCAAAGCGAAAAUUUCCCGCCAGAUAAACGAUAUCCGCGACACCUGUCCAGAUACGGAAAAUACGGACGACGGUCCGGAUAUGGGUUUUUACGGACCGCUUGUCAACCAAUCAGAAUAGAGAAUUUUGAAAAGCCAUAUAAUACUACUUAUUAUAUAAAUUGUUUAUUCUGUUCAGGAAUUUCCCGUUGUGAGCGUGAAGGAGAAGAUUCUUGCAAGUGUGAGAAGUACUUUGAAGGCAUCGCAGGACAAAAUUGCUCAGAGGGACGUCAUAAUUGCGAUGAUUCCAAAACCUGUUACAUGAACCACCAAUGGCAUGCAUGCUGUUUGAACGAAGAAGUCGGCGCAGAAGCAGACAUCCAAUUACUAGAGGAAAACGAAGGUAGGGAAAGGUUAAAUUUCCCUUCUUUGUUUCGCUUGCUUUGAAUGUUUGAAUAAUGCCCUGACUUAUUACAUAAAUUGUUUAUUCUGUUCAGGAAUUUCCCGUUGUGAGCGUGAAGGAGAAGAUUCUUGCAAGUGUGAGAAGUACUUUGAAGGCAUCGCAGGACAAAAUUGCUCAGAGGGACGUCAUAAUUGCGAUGAUUCCAAAACCUGUUACAUGAACCACCAAUGGCAUGCAUGCUGUUUGAAUGAAGAAGUCGGCGCAGAAGCAGACGUCCAAUUACUAGAAGAAAACGAAGGUAGGGAAAGGUUAAAUUUCCCUUCUUUGCUUUUGCCUGCCUUGCAUGCGCAUGUUUGAAUAAUGCACUGACUUACUACAUAAAUUGUUUAUUCUGUUCAGGAAUUUCCCGUUGUGAGCGUGAAGGUGAAGAUUCUUGUAAAUGUGAGAAAUACUUUGAAGGAAUCGCAGGACAAAAUUGCUCAGAAGGACGUCAUAAUUGCGAUGAUUCCAAAACCUGUUACAUGAACCACCAAUGGCAUGCAUGCUGUUUGAAUGAAGAAGUCGGCGGAGAAGCAGACGUCCAAUUACUAGAGGAAAACGAAGGUAGGGAAAGGUUAAAUUUCCCUUCUUUGCUUUUGCCUGCCUUGCAUGUUUGAAUAAUGCACUGACUUACUACAUAAAUUGUUUAUUCUGUUCAGGAAUUUCCCGUUGUGAGCGUGAAGGUGAAGAUUCUUGUAAAUGUGAGAAAUACUUUGAAGGAAUCGCAGGACAAAAUUGCUCAGAAGGACGUCAUAAUUGCGAUGAUUCCAAAACCUGUUACAUGAACCACCAAUGGCAUGCAUGCUGUUUGAAUGAAGAAGUCGGCGGAGAAGCAGACGUCCAAUUACUAGAGGAAAACGAAGGUAGGGAAAGGUUAAAUUUCCCUUCUUUGCUUUUGCCUGCCUUGCAUGUUUGAAUAAUGCACUGACUUACUACAUAAAUUGUUUAUUCUGUUCAGGAAUUUCCCGUUGUGAGCGUGAAGGUGAAGAUUCUUGUAAAUGUGAGAAAUACUUUGAAGGAAUCGCAGGACAAAAUUGCUCAGAAGGACGUCAUAAUUGCGAUGAUUCCAAAACCUGUUACAUGAACCACCAAUGGCAUGCAUGCUGUUUGAAUGAAGAAGUCGGCGGAGAAGCAGACGUCCAAUUACUAGAGGAAAACGAAGGUAGGGAAAGGUUAAAUUUCCCUUCUUUGCUUUUGCCUGCCUUGCAUGUUUGAAUAAUGCACUGACUUACUACAUAAAUUGUUUAUUCUGUUCAGGAAUUUCCCGUUGUGAGCGUGAAGGUGAAGAUUCUUGUAAAUGUGAGAAAUUCUUUGAAGGAAUCCCAGGACAAAAUUGCUCAGAAGGACGUCAUAAUUGCGAUGAUUCCAAAACCUGUUACAUGAACCACCAAUGGCAUGCAUGUUGUUUGAACGAAGAAGCCGGCGCAGAAGCCGAUGUCCAAUUACAAGACGAAAACGAUAGUAGGGAAACGUCAAGUUUUCUUUUUUUGUUUUGUUUGCGUUGCUGUAGUAAAAAUGGCGGUUUAUUAACGUCAGUGAGUACAAUUGAAUGAUACCCUAAAUUAUGAGCUACUUAAAAGAUUUAUUUUGUUCAGGAAUUUCCCGUUGUGAGCGUGAAGGAGAAGAUUCUUGCAAGUGUGAGAAAUACUUUGAAGGAAUCGCAGGACAAAAUUGCUCAGAGGGACGUCAUAAUUGCGAUGAUUCCAAAACCUGUUACAUGAACCACCAAUGGCAUGCAUGCUGUUUGAACGAAGAAGUCGGCGCAGAAGCAGACAUCCAAUUACUAGAGGAAAACGAAGGUAGGGAAAGGUUAAAUUUCCCUUCUUUGUUUCGCUUGCUUUGAAUGUUUGAAUAAUGCCCUGACUUAUUACAUAAAUUGUUUAUUCUGUUCAGGAAUUUCCCGUUGUGAGCGUGAAGGAGAAGAUUCUUGCAAGUGUGAGAAGUACUUUGAAGGCAUCGCAGGACAAAAUUGCUCAGAGGGACGUCAUAAUUGCGAUGAUUCCAAAACCUGUUACAUGAACCACCAAUGGCAUGCAUGCUGUUUGAACGAAGAAGUCGGCGCAGAAGCAGACAUCCAAUUACUAGAGGAAAACGAAGGUAGGGAAAGGUUAAAUUUCCCUUCUUUGUUUCGCUUGCUUUGAAUGUUUGAAUAAUGCCCUGACUUAUUACAUAAAUUGUUUAUUCUGUUCAGGAAUUUCCCGUUGUGAGCGUGAAGGAGAAGAUUCUUGCAAGUGUGAGAAGUACUUUGAAGGCAUCGCAGGACAAAAUUGCUCAGAGGGACGUCAUAAUUGCGAUGAUUCCAAAACCUGUUACAUGAACCACCAAUGGCAUGCAUGCUGUUUGAACGAAGAAGUCGGCGCAGAAGCAGACAUCCAAUUACUAGAGGAAAACGAAGGUAGGGAAAGGUUAAAUUUCCCUUCUUUGUUUCGCUUGCUUUGAAUGUUUGAAUAAUGCCCUGACUUAUUACAUAAAUUGUUUAUUCUGUUCAGGAAUUUCCCGUUGUGAGCGUGAAGGAGAAGAUUCUUGCAAGUGUGAGAAAUAUUUUGAAGGAAUCGCAGGACAAAAUUGCUCAGAGGGACGUCAUAAUUGCGAUGAUUCCAAAACCUGUUACAUGAACCACCAAUGGCAUGCAUGUUGUUUGAACGAAGAAGUCGGCGCAGAAGCAGAUGUCCAAUUACUAGAGGAAAACGACGGUAGGGAAAGGUUAAAUUUCCCUUCUUUGCUUUUGCUUGCUUUGAAUUUUUGAAUAAUAACGGCUUAUCGACCGAGCGUGAGGUCUGUACUGUGAAAUAUCAGACCGAGGUUUUUUAGUAUGGACCGAGCGACGAAGCAGCAAGGUCCAUGCAAAAAACAGAGGUGUGAAAUUUCACAGUACAGACCGAACAAGCGAGGUCAAUAAUCGGUUCGUUAUUUGGCUGAACUGUCUCUGUGAGCAUAUGCUUUUCGCGCGAAUUAAAUCGGCUAUCGUCAGUUUCACUGGGUAACAAUAUACGGUAGGCAUGCAUGCUCAGUCAAAAACAAUUUGAGUGUUUGAAAUUUUAUCUGUAAAUUUUAAUGACACACAAUUGGAAAAUUAAAAGGCAAAAUUUUUUUCUGUUUGCAAAGCGAAAAUUUCCCGCCAGAUAAACGAUAUCCGCGACACCUGUCCAGAUACGGAAAAUACGGACGACGGUCCGGAUAUGGGUUUUUACGGACCGCUUGUCAACCAAUCAGAAUAGAGAAUUUUGAAAAGCCAUAUAAUACUACUUAUUAUAUAAAUUGUUUAUUCUGUUCAGGAAUUUCCCGUUGUGAGCGUGAAGGAGAAAAUUCUUGCAAGUGUGAGAAGUACUUUGAAGGAAUCGCAGGACAAAGUUGCUCAGAGGGACGUCAUAAUUGCGAUGAUUCCAAAACCUGUUACAUGAACCACCAAUGGCAUGCAUGCUGUUUGAAUGAAGAAGUCGGCGCAGAAGCAGACGCCGAAUUACUAGACGAAAACGAAGGUAGGGAAAGGUUAAAUUUCCCUUCUUUGCUUUUGCCUGCCUUGCAUGCGCAUGUUUGAAUAAUGCACUGACUUACUACAUAAAUUGUUUAUUCUGUUCAGGAAUUUCCCGUUGUGAGCGUGAAGGUGAAGAUUCUUGUAAAUGUGAGAAAUUCUUUGAAGGAAUCCCAGGACAAAAUUGCUCAGAAGGACGUCAUAAUUGCGAUGAUUCCAAAACCUGUUACAUGAACCACCAAUGGCAUGCAUGUUGUUUGAACGAAGAAGCCGGCGCAGAAGCCGAUGUCCAAUUACAAGACGAAAACGAUGGUAGGGAAACGUCAAGUUUUCUUUUUUUGUUUUGUUUGCGUUGCUGUAGUAAAAAUGGCGGUUUAUUAACGUCAGUGAGUACAAUUGAAUGAUACCCUAAAUUAUGAGCUACUUAAAAGAUUUAUUUUGUUCAGGAAUUUCCCGUUGUGAGCGUGAAGGAGAAGAUUCUUGCAAGUGUGAGAAAUACUUUGAAGGAAUCGCAGGACAAAAUUGCUCAGAGGGACGUCAUAAUUGCGAUGAUUCCAAAACCUGUUACAUGAACCACCAAUGGCAUGCAUGUUGCUUGAAUGAAGAAGAAGCUGCAACAGAAGCCGUGCUCCCAACGGUAGAAGAGGAUGAUAUCGAAGGUGGGGGAAGGUUUAGUUUUCACUUUUGGCUUAUGUUUGCGUUGUUGAAGUAUAGCGGCUGUUUUUAAACACUUAAAAACGACUUAAAAGUAUGCGAGUUUGCUGAAUAACGCCAUAACAUAUUACAUAAAUUGUAUAUUAUGUUCAGGCAUGAAGAGAGAAAUCAAAAUUGAAGACGAGGCUCCAGCAGACGAAUCCUACAGAAGACGUCAAAGAAUUGAAAAGAUGGACUAAACACACAUAUAUGUUCUUGAGACUAAGCUAGUGUUUAUAUUCAAACCGCGUAUUCUUAUAAGUAUUCGCAGUUGGAAUGAAACUGCAACUGAAUUACAGUUGAAACUAGAUUUUGGAUGUUUAGAUAGAUCCUGAUGAAAAUAAAACUUUUACAAUAGAAAUUUUUAUAUCGAUCUUUUGGAUGCGCAUUUUCAACUACGAGCUGGUGGCCUAUAUAAUUCAUGUUAAUAGUAAAUUCGUCUCCGCGUUGUCAUUAAAUGUACUUUCCUUCACUAUUCUAUAUUUCUACUCGAUUUCAACCACGUUUCGAGGAAGUUAUCUUAAGAACCUAAAAAUUGCUUUUUACUCUGUCAGCCUAACAACAACGUGAUGUUCUACAAGUCUGAAAAUGGGAAGGGUGCGUGCUUGAGAAUGAGAGGGGGGACAUGCUCGUGAAUGAAAAUACCUUGGAAGAGAUGUGUUUCAUGUUACAGUGGUUAACAAACAGUGAGUGAAUAACGGCUACGAACAAUAUCGUGGAUCAAAGUACGUAUGCUUUAUACCCGUGAAAUUUGCGAAAGGUAAAUGUUCCAUACGAAAGAUUUUGUAGCUUUCACGAUUUUGUUUUGCUUGAAUGUUUUACAACAAAUCUUAAGGAACAAGACGUUCAAAAUUCACUUUUCAACGCGCGGUUCCCAAGUUCGUUGCGAUGGGAGCAUGUGCCCCCCC